CUAGAGCACAUCACACAGAAGAAAUACUGGCCAUAUAUGAUUUAAGCUCUAUCGACGGGAUAGCUGUUGUUGGUGGGGACGGACUAUACCAUGAAGCGGCCAAUGGUUUGAUUCGGCGAAUGGCGGCUGAUACAGGUGGUGACGUUAAUGAUCCCAACUUUUGGCCACCUGAGUUUCCAGUUGCAAUCGCUAUCAUUCCCUGUGGAACCGGCAACGGAAUUGCACGGGAACAAAUGGGGAACUUUGACAUUGCGACUGCAGUGUACGCGGCUGUUCUGGGAUUUCGCUCUAAGAAGAACAUAAGCCGUGUAUUCUCGAAUGGGAAACUCAUUUCCUAUUCCAUUCUUCUCGUCGGCUAUGGAUUAUGGGGUGACAUAAUUUAUACGUCCGAAACAAGAAGGCACUGGGGUGUUAUGAGAUACCCAGCAUCCGUGAUGUCAAUGAUGUUAAUGCUUUCCCGGACUCGAAGUCUCAACGUAGAGAUAAAGGCCCCUUCUGAAUUUACACUACGUAAUUCAGCUAAUUUAGCCAGGAUUAAAGAACUCACCGAUACACAAAACAAGUCUCCACAAGGCCAGGAAACUGAUGUCGACAAUAUUGGGAGCGUGACAAAUGUUGCUGACUCCGAGUCUACCAAAACUUACCAGGCAGGGUUCUCUACUAUCGAAGGAAGAUUUACUGGCGUCGUAAUGCUCGCAGAGAUGAUGUCAUUAAGCUGUAACCCGUCAAAACCUCACGAACAAGACCGCGUGACUAAUGUCUCGCAUGUGUUUUUAUCCAAACCGGGCGGAAAAUUACAGUAUUUGAAGCUUCUUUACAAAAUGUACAGUCGGGAUUCCGAAAUAGACAGUAAUACACCUGCCUGCUUAACUGUGUUUACUGCUGAUGAGUUGAAGCUACGACUUAUGGACCCGCAUGAUGAAACAUCGGACCAAGGAAGAAAGGAGAGGAUACUGAACAUUGAUGGGGACAUUCACUUACUCGAACGGACGGAGUUUCAUGUUAAACUGUUCCCGGAGCGGAUCCCGAUGUUCUGCAACAUUCCCGUGUUCACCGGAUGA